UAAAAUUAAUUAGCCUUUUUGUUGAUAAUUUCUCACCACAUACUCAAACAUACAUCAAAUAGAACCAAAAAAUUAAAAGCGAUGAGAAAAAGCGACAUAAAAAUGGAGGUGGCGCUUAUGUUCGUCGGAAUAAUAGUGUUUUUAUCUAUGACAACAUUAUCGGCACAAGAAGGUUUCCCCGGGGAGUGCUGGGAAAGGAUUGAGAAUUGCACGAGUAGCUUAACGCCGGGAGAAAUACAAGAGCAGUGUUGUCCGGUGAUCACCCAAGAGAUAAGCGACGAAAGGGAGUGUUUUUGUGGCGUCAAACCACUUGUUCUUCAAAAUGUUACAAUUGCCGACACGUUAUCUGACUUGCUUACACUUUGUAGCGUCGCUUCUUCCUUUGACACAUUAUGCCCUGUGAAGUUUGAAGAAGCACCAUGUUGGAUAGAGAUCAAUGAUUGCAUCGGAAACAACGUCAACGUUAGUGAAUCGGAGCCACAGUUUGAUCCAUCAAGUCCGAUGUUCAAUGCAACCGAACUCUUAUGCUGCCCCCUCAUACAAAAAGCAGCAAGAAUUGAGAAGCAAUGUUUUUGUAGCGUCAAUACUUUUAUUGAAAAAAAUCCGACGCUUGCAAAAAAUACUACUGACAUCUUGUCUAUCUGUAGCAUUGCCGAUUCCGCAGCUUCUCUUAUCGACCUUUGCGUAGUUGAAGGUCCUUCCCCAAGCCCUGCGCCAACUCCAUUAUUGAGGACUGAAGGGUCUUUAGAAAGCCUUAAAGCUGCAAGUCCUUCAACAGAAGAGAGCAAGACUACAGCUGAAGCAAGUUCUACCAACAAGAUCACGAUAACUGGAUCACUCUGCAUUUUACUUGUUCUCUUGACAAAUGUCUUGUACUACUAGACUAUUACUAAAAUGAUCUAUGGCCGUACCGUAUUCUUUAAUUUUCAAGUCAAAACAACACUUACGUACACAUUAGAAGAUGAUUGAACUAACUUUCCCAACUGAUCGAAUUAUAAUAAUGCGAAUAUUUUUAUAAGUAUGUUAUUUUCACCAUCAUCUACACCAUGCAUGUAUAGUUGUAUACAUAGUCCUACGUAUAACUCUAUGGAUGUACGUAAGGAAUACAAUCUAACCCUUGGAGUAUAGUAGGUUGCGGAUGUAUUAAUAUAUGGAGGAUAAGCCUCCUAGCUUGAAGUCGAACUUUGUAACUUAAACGUACCUUUUAUUUUAAUGUACUCAGCUUGCGUAAAAGAAAAAAAUAAU